CCCUCUCCUCUCGCUGUAGAGGGCUCCGAGAGCAGAUCCCAGCCAGUGUGCUCAGCCUGCCUGCCUGCUGCCUGUGUGUGAGCGCGUGUGCGUGCGUCUACUUUGUACUGCGAGGAACACAGCCCAUGUGCUCUGCAUGGACGUUACUGAUACUCUGUUCAGCUUGAUUUUGCACAAGCAGGCAAGAUGUCCAGCACGCCACACGACCCCUUCUAUUCCUCUCCGUUCGGCCCAUUUUAUAGGAGACACACACCCUACAUGGUGCAGCCAGAGUACCGAAUCUACGAGAUGAACAAGAGGCUGCAGUCUCGCACCGAGGAUAGCGACAACCUCUGGUGGGACGCAUUUGCCACCGAGUUUUUUGAAGAUGAUGCCACAUUAACCCUUUCAUUUUGUUUGGAAGAUGGACCAAAGCGAUACACGAUCGGCAGGACCCUCAUUCCCCGCUACUUCAGCACAGUGUUUGAGGGAGGGGUGACUGACCUGUACUACAUCCUCAAGCACUCGAAGGAGUCCUACCACAACUCAUCCAUCACGGUGGACUGCGACCAGUGUGCGAUGGUCACCCAGCACGGGAAGCCCAUGUUUACCAAGGUGUGUACAGAAGGCAGACUGAUCCUGGAGUUCACCUUCGACGAUCUCAUGAGAAUAAAAACCUGGCACUUUACCAUUAGACAGUACCGAGAGCUGGUCCCACGCAGCAUCCUCGCCAUGCACGCACAAGAUCCUCAGGUCCUGGAUCAGCUGUCCAAAAACAUCACCAGGAUGGGGCUAACAAAUUUCACCCUCAACUACCUCAGGUUGUGUGUAAUACUGGAGCCAAUGCAGGAACUGAUGUCGAGACAUAAAACGUACAACCUCAGCCCCCGAGACUGCCUGAAGACCUGCCUGUUUCAGAAGUGGCAGCGGAUGGUGGCACCUCCAGCAGAACCCACAAGGCAGCCGACAACGAAACGGAGAAAAAGGAAAAACUCCACCAGCAGCACGUCCAACAGCAGCGCCGGCAACACCGCCAACAGCACUGGAAGCAAGAAGAAGACGCCGGCCGCCAACCUGAGUCUGUCCAGUCAGGUACCUGGGCUAGGAGCGAUCCCGAACUGCAGCCUCAACCCUGGGAGGGAUGGAGACCUGUGUCAUUCAACAGCAGUGACCCCUUCUGGCCAAUUUAAGGAGAAGCAUUGAGGGGCCCUGAAAGGAGUCACUUCCAGUCCUCCUCAGAGAUUGCUAGCCUUGCUCGCCCUGCGGUGUCAGGCUGCGCACUCAGGACAUAACCGCGCGUGGCCGGUGCGCGUCGGGAGGCGAUGUU